AUGCAUAAUACACGACGCAAGGGACUACCGCCAGAACCGUUUCAACAAGACCUCACUACCUUUGAGCGAAGUGUUAGAAAAUCAACACACUCAACUCAAAGGAAUCUCAAUAUGGAGAACGCCAAUGAUGUUCCUCCUGGAUUCAAUAAUGUGGGUGAUAACAGACCAAAUGUGGGCAACACUACUCACGGCUACUUUGCUCAUCCUGUGCAUACGCCUCACUAUGAAAUCAAGACAAGUUUCAUCCAGCUCUUAGAGGCUCGUUGUCUGUUCUAUGGUCUGCCUACUGAAGAUCCGAAUGCACAUCUAGCAAAUUUCCUAGAGGUGUGUAGUACUUUCAAGAUCAGUAACAUGACUGAAGAUGAGGUCUGGUUGCGCCUAUUCCCAUUUUCUCUAAGGGAUAAGGCGAAACAAUGGAUCCAUGCUUUACCUAGAGCAGGUGUGAACAAUUGGGCAGACUUGGCAAAAGCUUUCAUAAGCAAGUACUUCUCCAUGGCAAAGAAUGCAAAGUUGAAAAGGGAUACUAUGCUCUAUCAACAACACGAUGGAGAAUCAAUACAUAAAGCUUGGGAGCGAUAUAAGGAGAUGCAGAGGAAAGUUCCCCAUCAUCACAUCACCGGGGAAAAUCUGAUCCAGAACUUUUACAAUGGGUCCACUGAGUUGGGCAGAAGCGCUAUAGAUGUAGCUGCAGGCGGGUCACUAAUGAAGAAGACAAUUGAUGAAGCAUUCGCUUUACUAGAUGAGAUGGCCAUGAAUGGGUGUACUUGGCCGAAUGAAAGGGCAAGAGUACCUGCGCAGAAAGGAGUAAUGGCAGUCACCGCUGAUCCGGCUGUGGAGAGUCUGAAAGCAAAGAAUGCUGCAUUGCAGGCUCAGGUGGAUAUUCUUAUGAGGCAAACUGCAGGGAUGAAUAUGGGACAUGUUGCUGCAAUUCAAAGUAUCUGUGAAGUAUGUGGAGAUCCUACUCAUGUGUCAAGUGACUGCUAUGUGAUGGGACAAGCUUUUAAUGAGCAGGUCAAUUUUGUGGGAGGACAGAGACAGGGUAAUGAUCCAUAUGCCGCUACUUACAACCAAGGAUGGAGGAAUCACCCGAACUUCUCACAGAAGGAUAAUGGGGGUAAUGCCAACAACCAGGCAGGUCCGAGCUUUCAAGGAGGACAAAGGCCACAACAUAUUCAGGGCAACUUCCAGAAUCAUGAGAACUUCCAAAACCAGGGGAAUUUCCAACAUCAGAAUGUUAGGCCACAACAUCCACAUGGCUUUCAGCAGAGAGAGCAGGGCGAAUCUCUCCAUAGCAAGUUUGACAAGAUAAUGGAGAUGAUGAUGAAGAAGGAUGCUGAGACGCAGCAGACAUUUAAAAAGCAUGCUGCCACCAUCCAUAAUCUUGAGAGCAGGAAUCAAGGGGGUCUACCAUCUACUACAGAGGAAAACCCCAAAGAGCAUCUCAAGGCCAUUGAGUUAAGAAGUGGGAAAGCACUGGAUGAUCCAUAUGCAAGACGUGCCACAGUUGAGGCGGAAAAGGAACAGUGUGAGGGUGGCGAGCCUGAAAAGGUAGUUGCUAAACCACCUCCACCACCUCCUUUUGUGCCAAAGGUGCCAUUCCCACACAGAGUGAAGAAGCCGCAAGACACUUGGAAGUUUCACAAAUUUCUUGAAACUUUCAAGAAGCUACAGAUAAACAUCAGUCUGGCAGACACAUUGAGAGAGAUGUCGCACUAUGUGAAGUUUCUCAAGGAGAUCAUCACCAACAAGCGGAGUUGGGAUGCAGAGGGACCAGUACCAAUGACAGAAAACUGUAGCUCAAUCAUAUUGAGCAGUCUACCAACCAAGCUUAAGGAUCCAAGGAGUUUCACUAUCCCUUGUACUAUCGGUAACAUGCAAUCUGUCAAUUGCCUUUACGAUUUAGGUGCUAGUAUUAAUUUGAUGACCUUAUCCCUUUUUCGUAGUAUGUUUGGUGAUCAACAGGUACAGGCUACGCCGAUGAUGCUGCAGCUAGCGGAUCACUCUCUGAAGAAGCCACAUGGGAUUGUUGAAGAUGUCCUAGUGAAGGUCAACAAAUUCAUAAUCCCGGUUGAUUUUGUUGUCCUUGACUACGCAGCGGACAAGGAGUGCCCGAUGAUAUUGGGGCGACCAUUCAUGAACACUGGCAGAGCUCUUAUCGAUGUUCAUGAUGGCAAGCUGACUCUGUGGAUUGAGGAUGAAAGCGUCGAGUUUGACAUGAGGAAUAUCACACGCCAUUCAAAUUCCGGAGGUGAAUGUAUGCGGGUAGACAUGGUGGAUGAGUUAGUAGAAGAACAACUAGCAGAAAACAAAGCCAUCAUGCAGUCUAUGCCGAGUAAAGAGGAGAAUGAUGAAGAAGAGGAGUACAUAGAGGAACCACCACCAAAAGUGGAGCUCAAGACCUUGCCUGCACAUUUGCGAUAUGCUUUCUUGGGAGCUGAUGGCACUUUGCCAAUUAUCAUCAGCAACAAGCUCACCAAGAAGCAAGAGCAGAGGGUCAUUGAUGUAGUCAAGGGACGUAUCUUGGCUAUUGGGUGGCAGAUUUCGGACAUCAGAGGGAUUAGCCCUUCAGUAGUGAUGCAUCAGAUUCAUUUAGAGGAUGAGUCUAAGGCAUCUGCACAGAGAUAG